GGAAGUCGCGGCGCACGUGUCUGGGUGCGUACGUGCAGCUUGACACGCGCUUGUCGUCCAAGUCGUUCGUCCUCUUGAGGACCAGAGGCAGCGAGCUGUUGGAGGUGCGAAGACGUCGAGCAGGAGAACGCGUCCGUGUAGCGCGUGAGAUGCUAGGUCCUGGCCCAUGGGGGUGAGCCGACUGGAUGUAUUUUACAGAAGGCUGCUCCUCUCCAAACUCUUUAUUGGGGGAUGGGGGAAGCCUGAGGACCUCAAGAGAAUCUUUGAGUUCCGUAAGAUCAUUGGAAACCGAGAGAAGUGCAAGGCUCUUUUGCCAGAAGACUAUCCAGUUUACAUAAACAAGACCGAGGAGCAUGUUGACUGUCACAUCCACGAUGGGUUCUUCUUCUCUCCUUUGGAGCACUUGGUUCCUGGAAUCCUGCCUCCAGAGUCUGUCAAAGCCAGGUUCCAAUUCAUAGUUCCCAAGAGGUGGCAGAAGAACAGACCAGUAUGCAUCCACUUGGCAGGGACCGGAGACCAUUUUUUCUGGCGUCGGCGGACCCUGAUGGCCAGGCCCAUGGUCAAAGAGGCAGGAAUGGCUUCGCUGCUUCUGGAGAACCCGUAUUAUGGCUAUCGUAAACCCAAAGACCAACUGCGCUCAUGUCUGAAGAACGUGUCCGACCUGUUUGUGAUGGGAGGGGCUCUGAUCCUGGAGUCUACAGUGCUCCUCCGGUGGCUGGAGAGAGAAGGUUACUGGCCUCUAGGAAUGACUGGAAUCUCCAUGGGAGGAUAUAUGGCGUCCCUAGCAGUGACCAACUGGCCGAAGCCCAUCCCUCUGAUUCCCUGUUUGUCCUGGUCCACUGCCUCUAGUGUCUUCACCACAGGAGUGUUGAGCAAAGCAGUGAACUGGACCGAGCUGGAGAAGCAGUACGCCAUUAACUCAGUCUAUGAGAAGGAGAUCAUCAAGCUGUUGGACUACUGUGGGGCGGAUUCCUUUAAGAUGGGUCCAGACUUUCCAAAGCCUGUGGACUCUUUGGAGCAUCUGUUAGGUCUGUCUGGAGAUGUCAGCGCGUCAGUGGGUGAGACCUCCAAAGCAGGAUGGGAAGCUCAGGCUGGACUGGAUAAGUUGAUUGGUGCAGGCCUUGAGGGGGGCGGGACCAGAGGGGACCAAUUGUUCCACAACACUGGAAUGAGGUUGGGCACUCAACCAAGAAGCCUUCAUGCAAACAACACACUCCAUGGGAAGAAGAGUGAUUCAUCCAAGUGCUAUCGGCCAUCGUUACAUCAAGAGUCGAUAAGCUUCAUGAAGGCAGUAAUGGACGAAUGCACACACAUGGCCAACUUCUCUGUCCCUGUAGACACCAGUCUCAUCAUCGGCGUACAGGCCAAAGAGGAUGCCUACAUCCCUCGUGCAGGGGUCCUCAGUUUGCAAGAGAUCUGGCCAGGAUGUGAAGUCCGAUAUCUGAAUGGAGGACACAUCAGCGCCUAUCUGUUCAAACAGAAUGUCUUCAGACGGGCCAUAUACGAUACAUUCGACCGGUUCUGCCUGAAGUAUCCCAACCUGCAGUAGCCAGAGAGUCCUUACCUCCCUAGAACAACACCAGGAUCCAUGGCUGGACAUUUCUCUCCCCAAGCCAGAGGCCCUUUCUAAUUAUUCAUAUCAAGAAAGUGACUAAAACCCGUUGUGUUAAUAUUGACACUCAGGCCUAUAUUUCUGCAUUGGACUUUAAACCCUGUUGCAGCACAUGUUCUCCUGUUUUUUACUGGACCUCUAUGUUAACAAUAUGUGACCUGGAGAAACUCUCAAAAGGAAACACACGCACAGCCUGUAAUAUUGUAUUAAAAUGAAAAUUACCUACAUGCACAGAUAAGGAAAAUACAGGACACAAUGCAGCUUGUCAUGACAAUGAUCUCUCUGACCGUGGUCAGCUGAUUGGUACCCAACAUUUCAACCGCUCAAAUUAUUUUAAAGCAGUAUUAAUUAGAUCAGAAGGACCUGUAAACGCAACUUGUCUCACCUCAUAAAGCUUGUAAACUUUC